UUUGGUAAGUCCAAGACCCCUAUUCCGAGUGAGAAAUAAUCUGAAUCAGAGAGAGAGAGAGAGAGAGAGAGAGAGACGAAGAGAGAUAAAAUCUGAAUCAAAUGGAGGUGCAAGGAUCAUCGAAGAAGAUGAUUGCGACGCAGGCGGAGAUGAUGGAAGCGAAGGUCCCACUGGCUUACAGAGAUCAGUGCGCCCACCUUCUGAUACCGCUUAACAAGUGCAGGCACUCGGAGUUGUACCUUCCAUGGAAGUGCGAGAACGAGCGUCACUCCUACGAGAAGUGCGAGUACGAGCUUGUCAUGGAGAGGAUGCUUCAGAUGCAGAAGAUCAGAGAACAGGAAGAUAAGCUCAAGCAACCCCAGACACAAGGCAUUCCUCUCAUUCCCAAGACUGCCAACGCUUGAAGCGCCCAACCAACAUUUAAUAAAUGCGUGGAAGGAAGAUUGCUGAGAUUGGUGAAAUGGUUGACGUUUGUUUCUACUGUAAAAGGGGACUCAUAAGAACACGUGUUAUGAGACAACAAUUGUAACAGACUCGAUACUUUCUGUUCUCGAUUCUGAAUAAUUUCCUUGUUACUACCAUGGAUAGUGUGAUUUGUAUCCUUUGCAUCGUAUCAAAAUUUGGAUGUUUUCUUCGUAAAA